AUGGCGGAUCGAGAUGAGAAUAACGAAAACAUGGUCAUUGUCGACGACGACGGCGAGUUUGACGACGAUGAAGAUGGCGAAGAGGUUCAAGAGGGGCAAGGACAAGGAAAUAAUGAGUUGGUUGUCAAUGCUUUGACUUUAUUAAGAGCUCCCAGAAAGUCAGACCUGGCUCGUAAACGUAAAGUCAAUGUUAAUCCACGCAAACAUCAAACUCGCAUUGUACAUGCUAAGACUUCAACUGCCCCAAAUGUUUCUGUAGCUGUAAGAAUCCAAGAAUUUCCACAAGAAUGCUUCAAGGAUACUGCGAUUCGCAAGGGAGCAUUUUUUUGUGAAGCAUGUCGCGAAGAAAUAUCAGUUAAGAGAUCAACUAUCAUAAAUCAUAUAAACACUCACAAACAUCUGUCUGGAAAAGAGAAAUUACACCAAAAGGCAAAACGUGAGAGAGAUCUGGCAGAAGUUCUACGCGCAUAUGACGAAGAAAACCAUCCGAUAGGGGAAACAUUGAGUAUGAAUACCAGAGUAUUUCGUCUUAAAGUUGUAACAGCCUUCAUGAAGGCUGGAAUAGCCAUUAAUAAGAUAAAUUGCUUCAGAAGUAUCUUAGAAGAGUCAGCUUAUAAACUGACAGAUCGAACAAACAUGGCCCAGCUGAUUCCCGUGGUACACCAGGAGGAGAAAAAAAACACUCUUGAAGAACUGACAGGAAGAGAGAUAUCGAUUGUGUUUGAUGGUACCACCAGGCUAGGAGAAGCAUUAGUUAUUAUUGUUAGAUUCCUCGACAGUGAGUGGAAAAUCCAACAGAGGCUUUUGCGAUUUCUCUUGCUUGCUAAAUCUUUAGCAGGAGAAGAAGUUGCAAGGGAGAUCAUCAGUGUUCUUGCCAGAGA